UAAAAAGCAAUCGAGAGCGAAGAGACAGCUUCGGAUUAUCCGUCUUUUCUUUUCCGAAUGUGCAAACUUUGAGAAAAAUAUUGUAGUUCAAAAGAGGAGAGAGCUUGGUUUUGUUUCCCUGCUGCUUUCGAAGAGAGACCACAAGAUGUGGAACUGAGAUUUUUCUUUCUCUCUCUCCACAACCUUCUCUUGAGUGUUUCUUCUUCACACCUCUUUUUUUUUUUGAGUGGUGAAGAGAGGAGACAGAGAGAAUCGAAAAAUGGAAGAUGUGAGGCGUGGAGGAGCAACCAAUCGAUUUUCCAAUAAACUAUCUCGAAAGUCAAAGAAAGGAAUGUUGAAGAAACUGGGUUUAUCUGAUGCUGAGAAGAUGAUGCGUUACAAGUGUCCUUCUUCAGAUUUAGAAACUGACGUCUCUUCUAAGAAGAAGAUGAAGAAGUCUAACCUUCCCAGAAAGGACACUAAUGGUGUGGAUCAUCAUGCCUCUGUACCAAGGAAGCUUCGUUCAGCCAUGAAGAAGAAGAAUCUUGAAUAUGUUAAGAAGAAAAAUCAAGAAAUGGAUGCAAAAGCUAAAAUUCCUGAGUCCAUUUCAAAAGAUGAGAAAGAAGUUGCGGAGACGCUAUACGGUUUAGCUGAUAUGUUUACUGGCACUGACUCCAUUCAUAACAAGACUUGUGAUUUGCCUGAUGGCAAAGAAACCAGCAAAGUUGACUCAAUCUUGGUUGUGGAAACUGAAUCACUUGAACCUGCGGCUUCAUUUCUCUCUUCAGCCAAACCUAAGCAGAUUGAUGAGGAGCCGUUACAGCAGCAAGAUCAUAACCAAUGCAGCUUAACUGGAUUGAAGCAAAGCAGCUCAGUGAAUGUGAGUGAUGCAGCUUUAAGCACAAGAGCCAUCGAAACAAAGGUUGCAACAAGUGAUAUCGACUAUAAGAGCAACGUUCUUGCGCUGUGGCCUGGCAUAUCUUCAACCACUCUAUCCAGUUCCCACGUUCUUUCAGAGCCAUCUUCUACAAAGCUUCCACAUUGGAUGAUGGGUCAAGCUGUUUUUCAUACCAAGAAUGCUUCACUCUUGAUUGAACCGUUAAAAGUCCGUCCAAGAAAGUUGAAGAGAUGCGCCUCUCACAUUUACAUUUGUCGUCUAAUCAAAGCGUUACAGACCAGUGAGAGUAGUCCCGUGGCACUUCUUAACCAAACCGAAGAAAGAUCUUUAAAAACGUCAUCCAAGAGGUAUCAAAAUCCACAUCUGCUCGAUUUAGGCAAGACACAUAACCCAAAACCCGUGCAAGAAAACAUGACUCAGCUUGAUCUCGAGCUUUAUGCACCACACACUACACAGAAACAGAACUAUGACUUCCUGUCUCUCUCAUCACACUCUCAUUUCCCGUUCCCAAACUCAUUCACACCUGCGCCUUCUAGCAAUCAGAUGCAGCAAAUGUCUCCUUAUCUAGCUAGUCGAUUCCAAACCGCUUACAACGCAACCCAACAGCAACAGCAACAGCUUCAGAAAAGGCUGUGGGCUGCACAUUACAGACCACCAACAAGUAGAAACAUUUUGUCAAACCAAUACAGUAAACCAAGCCUCUCCUUAAACCUAACUAGUAUUCAACCUCUGCACGUUGCUUCCUCCCCAAGGUACAGCAACAAUAUAUCUCAACAGCAAUAUCGUCUCAUGGCUGCUUCUGCAGCAGCAAUGUCAAUGAGCCAUCACCAUAACAAUAAUCAUUCAUGAACGGUGAUGAACAGACAAGAACACCAUUUCCCACUUAUCUACGAAGACACACGAACACCACUGCAACUACUCUGCAACGAGCAGUCGUGAAGAUGUUCUGCUCUAUAGUUAAAAACAGAGUUCUGUUUCUGUCUUUGCCGGAGUUUGAGAUGGUGUUUUUUUCAUCAGGUGGUGAAAAUAGGAUGAACUAGGAUUUUCAGAGAGAGAUGACUGAACCCUACUUGUUUGAGAAAACUCUUUAAUGUCGCUUUAUGUAAAUGAUCAACGUGUUCUGAAAAGGAUAAAGUUCCAAGUAGAUUUUUAAAGGAUCUUUUGGGUUUU